AUGGCUCGUAAAGAACGUGACAAUAGCGACAAACGAGAGCAUGUUACCAAGGAGCAUGAAAUUCCAUUUGACGUAUUUCAUAUGGAGACUAGUCCUUCAAAUGGACGACCACCGAAGCUCGAAAAGCAAAAUUUGCUCUCUCUUGUUUAUUAUGCUGAUGAACAACGUAUAGCCAACGUGCGACAAGGCAAUACAAAUGAAAUGCAUCGAGCCCAGCGGAUCUUACUUGACACACUGCAUGUGUUGCACAAGGGUGCCCUGUGCACAAACAACGACAACACAACAACUACUUGUACAAGGCGAUUUCAGGAAGGUGUGAUCUUUGCAAGCCAAGUAUUGCGCCACGGUUACUACAUUCGUCACCUCGAUUCAAAUGAGCAAAAAGCUUUACGUCCAUUGGCAGAUCGUCUUUACACCGCACUUCAAGAAGUACGCCGCAUGGCCCGUGCACAAGCUCUUGCCCACCUUACCCAUCCUACCCAUUUAUUAACGACUCGGUUGAACGAGCUGAUGCACAACUAUGAUACAUUUGAAUCGGCAUUGUAUGCAAGCUAUAGCCGAGCCGUUUUUGGUGAUUCAAAAAGCACAUUAUGGCAGAAUGCAACAAAUCAGUCAAUGACAAAUCAUAGCAAUCCGUUACCAGCCGAAUUGUUUUGUGACGCUCUCACACAGCUACUUCCAAUGACCCUCGAUCGUGCCCUGACACAAAAACUUGUUACACUUGACAUACUGCAAGAGUUGGAUCCUGUCGCUUUUAUAGCCUUGCCUCGUCUCGCUGUACUUGCUGGUACAACUUGGCUUUCCCACAUUUCACAUUGGCGAAAACAUCAUCAACAUCCAUGUCUGGUAGCUUGGUUUAAUACGGGUGGUAUUCAGCAUGAUAUGGUUACUCGUCUUUUGAAUGCUGUUGAGCAACUUGAGUCAACUGCCUCCCCAGCAGCAUUCAUGGAGCAUCAUUUACGUAUUGAACGUGCUCUCGUUUAUGGCUGGGAUGAUCAACCAACAUCACUGGAAAGCACUAUUUAUACACACGUGUGUGCUAUAGCAGAUGGCUUACGUGUUGGUAACAAUGCACGAUCAUUCAAUAUGGUACUUCGCCAUCUAUUUUCGCCUUUUCAUCCCCCUCAACCCGAAUCAACUCAGUACGACGACAUGUACCCUGAAUCGGUAUCCGAGAAUACAGUACUUGAAUUAGCCAUCUAG